AUUUUUGUAAAACUAAGUUCGUGACAACGUCGUUAAAACUUCGUUGAAUUUUCGGUAAUAUUUGUCGUAUUGCAUUUUGUUCGGAUAUAUCAUGGAAAAUGUUUAUUGUUUUCUGCUAAUGAGAAUAAACAUGUUGCAUUCUUAAAUUUUUUUUACAAAAAUAAAUUCAUAAUAUAUUUAUUUUUAAGAAGUUAUGUUACUCAAGUAUAAAUUUCAAAAUCACGAUAAAAUUAAGAGAUAGGCGAAAAUUUUCCCUUUUUCAAUUACUGAUAUCGAAACAUGAUAAAAAUGGAGACAGACAAACUUAUGGAUGAAGAUACUAAUUCAAAUUCGCAAGCAUAUCCUUCAACAAUAUUGUAUGAGCCAGUUCGAAAGAAAGAACCAUCAAUAAAAUAUGAGUCAGAACGUGAUACUUGCAUAUCUUGUUUUACCAACUGGGAUGAAUCCAACCAAGUGGAUUUUGUACAACAACUAAUAUCUCGAAUGUGUCAUUAUCAACAUGGCCAUAUAAAUGCCUUCUUGAAGCCUAUGCUUCAGAGAGAUUUUAUAACAUUGCUACCAAAAAAGGGUCUUGAUCAUAUUGCUGAAACUAUUUUGUCCUUUUUGGACUCAGAUUCAUUAAAAGCAGCGGAACUUGUUUGUAAGGAAUGGUUACGUGUUAUAUCAGAAGGAAUGUUAUGGAAAAAACUUAUCGAACGCAAAGUACGAACGGAUUCCUUAUGGCGUGGGUUAGCUGAACGUCGUGGUUGGAUACAGUAUUUAUUUAAACCGCGUCCCGGUUCAACACAUCGCCCACACUCUUUUUAUCGUGAAUUAUUUCCUAAAAUAAUGAAUGACAUUGAAAGCAUUGAAAAUAAUUGGCGAACUGGACGGCACAUGCUACGAAGAAUUAAUUGCCGCUCAGAAAAUUCAAAAGGAGUUUAUUGUUUACAAUAUGAUGACAUCAAAAUUGUUUCUGGAUUACGCGAUAACACAAUAAAAAUAUGGGAUCGCGCGGAUUUACAAUGUGUAAAGACUCUUACUGGUCAUACCGGCUCUGUAUUAUGUCUGCAAUAUGAUGAUAAAGUAAUCAUAAGUGGAUCAUCUGAUUCUACGGUACGCGUCUGGGAUGUUAAUACUGGUGAAAUGGUAAACACACUUAUUCACCAUUGUGAAGCAGUAUUACAUUUACGGUUUAACAAUGGUAUGAUGGUUACUUGCUCCAAGGAUCGUUCAAUCGCAGUUUGGGACAUGACAUCACCAAGUGAAAUAACACUUCGCCGUGUACUUGUUGGUCAUCGAGCUGCUGUCAAUGUAGUCGACUUUGAUGAAAAAUAUAUUGUAUCUGCUAGUGGUGAUCGUACUAUUAAGGUAUGGUCAACUUCAAGUUGCGAAUUCGUACGAACAUUAAAUGGUCAUAAACGUGGUAUCGCAUGUUUACAAUAUCGUGAUCGUCUAGUUGUAAGCGGAAGUUCAGAUAAUUCUAUAAGAUUAUGGGAUAUAGAAUGUGGAGCUUGCUUACGAGUUCUUGAAGGCCAUGAAGAAUUAGUGAGAUGCAUACGUUUUGACUCGAAGCGUAUCGUAAGUGGCGCUUAUGAUGGAAAAAUUAAAGUUUGGGAUUUAGUCGCUGCACUUGACCCACGUGCCCAGUCUAAUUCACUUUGCUUGAAUACUUUAGUUACGGAACAUACUGGUCGUGUUUUUCGUCUUCAAUUUGAUGAAUUUCAAAUUGUUAGUAGUUCACAUGAUGACACAAUUUUAAUUUGGGAUUUUUUAAAUUUCACACCACAUGACAACAAUACAUGCCGAACACCGUCACCUGCUUUAAUGGAACACUAAUUUAUUUUACUCUUUCAACUUUAUUGUUACUGGAUGAACACCAUGCCAAUGUAUUAUUUGAUUGAACGAAGAAAUUUUUUUUAUAAAAAAUUAAUUAAUCAACUAUCUAUAUGUGCAGAAGAGAUCUCCAAAAACUUUUAAAUUUAUAAAAAAAAAUAAUAUAAGGGUGAUAUGUUUCCGUUUGUUUUAAUGUUUAGAAUAAAAUAGAAAUUAAAAUAUCAAAAUUUAUACAUUUUUAUUAAAUAUUGCAGUUUUGAAAUGUUAAAAAUUCAGGAAGUUGCAUUCAACUUUAAAAUACCUAUAACGAUAUGUAUAAAUUUAUAAGAUGAAUAUAAUUUUUAUGUGUUUUUUUUAUUUUUGUACACUUCACAACAACACUGGAUUUAUAAAUUCAUUGUUAAAUGGGAAUAAUAAACAUUGAUUUCAUACAAUUA